UUUCAGCAGAGAGGUAAGCGAUUUCCUCCAUUUUUAACGUGCAAUGAGCUACGAGGACGAAGAAAUUCAGCGGGUUCUCCAACAAAUGGAGGACUUAGAUCAGAAAGUUGAAAGAAGUGGUAUAAAGCUUCAAAAGUUUGUCAGUAGGACUGAAACUCCGGAGGAAAAGAUGGACGAAAGAAAGGUGAGUAAACGACGUGCAAAGUUUGAGAAGCUAAGCGCAAAGUUUGAGGCUAGAAAAGGUCGUCGCAAAGACCUGGAAAAAAGAUACAAUCAUAUGCUUUCGAAGAAAAACGAGGCCUUCAAAAUCAAGAAUCCAGAUGCAUUUCGGUUUGAGAUGGUGAAGAAAAAAAUUAGAACAAAUCAUGAAGUGGACAAGCUGCUGAUGAUAAACUCAAUAGAUAUCAUGUUCAUUCUCAAAGAACUGAAAGAGGAAAGAAAGAGAGUAGAGGAGCUAACUACCUCUCUCUAUCUGCGAGACGGGACCAAUCUAAAUUCAGCCAAGAACUUCUACUUCGUAGAAGAUAGGAAAGGGAGACUCAUAAAAUUGAAGAAAGAGACCCGUGAAGAGUCUUGUGAAGACCUUUCCGCUGAAAGUAUGAUAGAGGAAAGUAGGCUGAAGCUUGAGGAGAGCAAAGAUUCUGUGGAUGAGUUAUGGAGAAAAUACGAACUCUUGGUCCAAAAGGAAAAAACGCUGAAGUGCCGGAAGAAGGGCAAGAAGCCCUGAGGCUAUUGAUGUUCGGUGUAUGAGAGGAUGUUAGAAAGCUACAAAGUCUGAGAUAGGUGGACAGAUACAUGAUCUUCAAGAAGUCUAUUUUAGGUAGUCUCUUAUGAACACGAAGUACUUGUUAUUACAUGCAAAGCGUUUGUGGGUGUUUUACUUGGGGAAGGUGAUGACCUUGAAGCUAUACAUAUGGAUAAAGGUUUUAAACACACACAACAACGGAACCUUCUUGCUAACAGUAUUGCAAUAUAUUUUCAGUGUGUGAAAUAUGUUAAAUGUAGAUCACAACGACAUUCCUAGAACGACCAUCUUUAUGAGAACAUCUUUAUGACGUAGACUAGUUAGACAAGUUUGUGCAAUGGACUAUGAAAUUUACAACUAGAUAAUUUUUCUCGUACUA